ACCUCUAGCCAUGCAGACCUUGGGACCCUUCCACAGCAUCACCGCCAACACCGUCGCAUGGACUCCAAUUGGCACCGCCCUCGCCACCACAUUCAAGCAACCACCGGUCCGUGCCAGGGCAGCCCCACCAAAACCCGCAAAGCAUUUUCAGGCUAGCCGUUACAUGCCACCAGAAAAAGCAGAAAUCUUCAAGUCACUAGAACAUUGGGCCACCCAAAGACUCCUCCCACUCAUCAAGCCAGUGAACCAAUGCUGGCAACCCAUAGAAUUCCUCCCGGACCCGGCAAAGCUUUCUGCCGACGAAUUCUCCGAUCGGGUCGGGGCCCUACAAGAAAGAACAGCUGGACUUCCAGAUGAGUAUUUUGUGGUGCUGGUUGGUGACAUGAUCACUGAGGAUGCACUACCAACAUACCAGUCGUGGAUGAAUACUCAUGAAGGGGUUCGUGAUGAGACUGGUGCGAGCUCAAGUCCAUGGGCUGUUUGGACUCGGGCAUGGACGGCUGAAGAACAUAGGCAUGGUGAUUUGCUCAAGACUUACUUGUACCUCUCUGGUAGAGUUGACAUGCUGAUGAUUGACAGGACUGUGCAAUACCUAAUCGGUGCUGGAGCGGAUGUUGGAACAGACCGUAACCCGUAUUUAGGAUUUGUAUACACAUCUUUUCAAGAAAGAGCCACAUUCGUGACACACGGCAACACAGCUAGGCUAGCCAAGGAAGGAGGUGAUCCGGUGCUUGCGCGCAUUUGCGGGACCAUCGCCGCCGAUGAGAAGCGCCAUGAGAUUGCCUACGCUAGGAUUGUUGAAAAGCUACUGGAAAUCGACCCCAAUGGGGCCAUGCUGGCCAUAUCAGAGAUGAUGAAGAAGAAAAUCACAAUGCCAGCUCAUUUGAUGCAUGAUGGGCAGGACCCUGAUCUGUUCGAACACUUUGCAGCCGUGGCACAGCGGAUUGGAGUUUAUACGGCCGAUGAUUAUGCUAACAUUCUCGAGUUCUUCAUUGGACAGUGGAAUUUGGAGAAGAUCCAAGGAUUGGCGGGUGAGGCGCGGCGUGCACAGGACUUUGUUUGUGGACUACCGCAUAGGAUUAGGAAGUUUCAAGAACGAGCUGAUGAGCGAGCCAAGAAAUUGCAGCCCCGGGGAGUGAAUUUCAGCUGGAUUUUCAACAAGGAGUUGACCCUGUAGUGUUUUCCAGUAUAAAGUUACUCAAGGCGCUGUGGUCCAAGUAGAGAUUGAUGGUUAUGACGAUUGCGAUAUAAGUAGAGGAAAAGUGCUGGCGGUUCAAGGAAAUACCUCUGCGACUCUUACAAAAACUGGUCGUUUCUAUUACAUUAUUUACAUAUCGUACCAUAACGAUUGCAUUGACGGGGAUGAAGGUCCGUAUUGAUGUUUCUUCAAGGCAAGGGUCCUCGAUUUGAGUGCUUUCUGUAUCAUCCAAGAAGGAUUAGAUGACAAACAAGAAAUAACAAACACAAUUUGGAGGUUUCUUUGGAUCAGAAGGAACAGUUGUAUUGAAUGUGAUUUAUGUUCUUCAGUAAUUAUUUCUCAUGUGUUGCAUGCGUGUACUUGUUUUGUCGUUACGAAGAUCAACCACAUUUAUGGAGGUUGCGUCCUGUGUUUAUAUUAAUGAAAUUGAAGGUUAUUUUUUCCCCUA